UUGAAUUAUGAUUUAAUAAAGAGCGUGGCAGAUAGAGAGAGAAGGAGAGAGAAGGAAAGGAAGGCGAAACUAUGCGAAACUCUAUUUAAGACAACUGUAAAAACAAACUCUAUUCAUUUCGGCGAGCCAAUCUAUAUAAAUAUAUAUAUUUUUCACAUGCGAAAUAGGAACUGCAACAUUUUUCCUUUCCGCUUUUGCCACCAAAACAAAAUACCCACUACGAAGGUCUUUGCUCGUACGAAACAAAACACUCGCUUCAGCACUUAACACUAAACUUGCCUCUAAAUCUAAAAUAAAAACAAGCAAACAAAUACAAAAACACCGCUCAAUCACUCAAUCAACUCAACUCAACUCAACUCAAUCAAUCAACUCAACAUAACUCAAAAUGCCGCGCUGCCUGAUUGCCAAGAAAUGGAAGGCAUAUCCUUGGCUGGAUCGCAAUAUCGAGGAUAAUGCCAACAACACACCAACAGCAACAGCUUCAAGGGAGGAGCAGCUGUCCCCAUUGCCCAAUCUGAAGUCGCGUCGCUCCACCAUGGACGACGAUGAGGAGAUCGAUGUUGUGGGCGACAAGCUAUUGACCAAAUCCGACAAGCAACGCACAAUUAUUACAGCAGCAGCAGCAACAGCAACCGCCACAGCCACAGCAGCAACAGAAGCAACAAACAACAACAACAACAACAGCACAACAGCAACAACAACAACAUCAACCACUACUGCAACAACUACGGCCAAGUGCUGGGGUCCCAGCUCCCCAACGGCGGGCACCACAGCGCCAAGUCCGCCGCCCCAUUCGCCAGAAGCAGCGACACGUGGCACAACCAAUGUCUACAAUGGCUACACACGUGAGCUGUCGCCGCUGCAUUACACCGCGUACCUGCCUCGCAUGGAGAGCGAAAUAACGGUUAUACGGGCAGCAGCCACAGCGCUUGUGGCAGCAGCAGCCAGCAACAACAACAGCAACAGUCACACAGGUGAGCAACAGCAACAGCAGCAGCAGCAGCAGCAACAUUUGGCUGCCUAUCAAACGCCGCCAUCGUCAACCACAUCGUCGCCUUCGUGUUCGCCAAAUGGCGAUAGAUUUAGUCCUGGCAUGCUGCACAUUAAGAUGGAAUCUGGACAGACGAGCAGCGAGCGCAAGUGCUUUAGCAGCACAGGUGCCACAUUGUCGCUGCCGCCAAAGAAGAAGGACAUCUAUAGGCCGUACUCGCUGGACGACAAGCCCACGCAUGGCUAUCGCAGACGUGUGCCAGCCGAGGAGGACUUGCAUGCAGCUCACGCCAUACUCGAUCUGAGUGCCUCGACAGCCUUUCAUCCGCCCACACAGCCACAUCAGCUGCAGCAGCAGCAGCAGCAGCCACAUGAGCCACAGCAGCUGCAACAGCAGCAUGAGCCACAGCAGCAACUGUUGCCGCUGCAGCAGCAGCAUCAGCACUUGCGCACCACGUCAACAAUUGCUGAGCUAGCUGCUGCAGCAAGCGUGGUCAACGAGCAGCGCCCCUUGAGCAAUGCCUCCAGCGCCAGCAGCAGCAUGCACAGCAGCAACAGCAGCCAUCACAGCAACAGCAACAGCAGCAGCAGCAAUGUGCAGAACGAGAACAGCAACACAACCAAUCAACUGCAUACUAGCCAUGGCUUGGGCCUGGGCUUGGGAUUGGGCCUCUCUCUGGAAUGCCAUGCCGAGCCAGACUUGGAUGCCGAUGGCGAUGCGAGCGGUCAGGCAGCGAAAACCGUUGCCUACACCUACGAGGCCUUCUUUGUAAGCGACGGGCGUUCCAAGCGCAAGCAUGUGGCCGAUCCAGCUGCCGUCGUUGUGCAGGAUCAGCAAAAAACCAAAUACACCUGCUCCGAGUGUGGCAAGCAGUACGCCACCUCCAGCAAUCUGUCGCGCCACAAGCAAACGCAUCGCUCCCUCGACUCACAGUCAGCUAAAAAGUGUCAUACCUGUGGCAAGGCGUAUGUCUCGAUGCCCGCUCUGGCCAUGCACGUGCUUACACACAAGCUCUCUCACAGCUGCGGCGUUUGCGGCAAACUCUUCUCACGGCCCUGGCUGCUGCAGGGUCACCUGCGCUCCCACACAGGCGAGAAACCCUACGGUUGUGCGCAUUGCGGCAAGGCCUUUGCCGAUCGCUCCAAUUUGCGAGCUCACAUGCAGACGCAUUCGGUGGACAAGAAUUUCGAGUGCAAGCGCUGCCAUAAGACAUUCGCUUUGAAAUCGUACCUAAACAAGCAUCUGGAAUCGGCCUGCCUCAAGGACGAAGAGGAGCUAAUGAUGGCCAUGUCGCUGCAUGGCCACACCGAUAGCAAUAGCGAAAGUGGCGCCAGCUUGGCAUCGCCUCCGCACGAGUUCCUCGAACGGGUCAAGGUGGAGGCACCUGCCGGAGUAGCAGGUGUUGGCAUCACCUAUGCCAUCUAAAUGUUGAGUAAGUGUGCCAUUGCCAAAAACAAAAACACAAAACCAAAAAAAAAAAAAACCAAAACAAAAACAAAGUAAAAGCAAUGCCCUUGUUAAUUGAUCGUUAAUGUUGAAAAUCAGUUAUCGAUAGCAGUUUUUAUAUAUACAUAUAUAUAUAAAGAAUACGAUCACAAUACGUCCAAAAGCAAGUGUAGUAGAGUAACACAGAGACUGUAGAAAUUCGCAUUAGAAAACCAUUAAACAAAAA